AUGGAAGAUAGUCAGCAGGAUCUUGGUGGCCAGUACCAUUUCAUCCGCCAGAUUGGUCAAGGAACAACUGGAAAAGUCAAGCUUGCAUUUGAUAAAGUCAAUAACAGGCAUGUUGCUGUCAAAAUCGUUAAAAAAUCUUUAUUCCAAAACAGACCAAAUUUGGAAGUAAAAAUUCAACGUGAGAUUGCAUUAAUGCGUUUAGUUGAUCAUCCUCAUUUGCUCAAACUCAUAGAUAUCCUCGAAUCUCCCCGUCACCUUUAUAUUGUUACCGACUAUGCCGUAAAAGGAGAAUUAUUCGACUAUCUAGUACAGCACCGUUUCCUUCCUGAAGAUGUUGCGAUGAACUUUUUCAGACAAAUUAUUUAUGGUCUGGAAUAUCUCCACUCUUUAGGCAUUUGCCAUCGUGAUCUUAAGCCAGAAAACAUUCUCCUGGAUGAGAAUCUUAAUAUUAAGAUUGCCGAUUUUGGAUUCGCUCGUGUUGUAAAAUCAAAUAUUGCUUCAACAUCAUGUGGAUCUCCACACUACGCUGCUCCCGAAGUCAUUAAGGGAGAGCCAUACGAUGGUCGUGCUGCUGAUGUCUGGAGCUGCGGCGUUAUUUUAUAUGCCCUUUUGGCCGGAUUUCUCCCAUUCGAUGACCCCAACAUCAGAGUCCUUCUUGGCAAAGUCAAAAGAGGCUUAUAUACAAUGCCGCAAUUUCCAACCCGCGUCAAGGACUUGAUCCGUGGAAUGUUGACAAUUGAUCCAACAAAGAGAAUCUCAAUAGCCCAGAUCAAGGCCCAUGAGUGUUUCCGUGGAGAUAUUAACCCAGAAUACGUAUUCCCAACACCAUUACCUUUAUCCUCCUACAAUAUUCCAAUUCCUACAGAAAGAAUUACACAAGAAGUCAUUGAGACCCUUCUCAAAAUCGGCUAUCCCGAUGCUGAUGAUCUUAUGGAGGAAUUGACUAACCCACAGCCUGCUAUCUCCAAGAUAUUCUUCCAUCUUUGUACAUCUCGACUUGCACUCGAUCAGAUCGACUGGUCACAGUCAGCAUCUGGAGUUGCAUCUCAUAACCUUACAGACAACGCUCUCAUCGUAGAACCAGCCAACCAAGCCUUCCAAAUCGUCGGUUCUGAGAUGUUCCACCGCCACGCUCUAUUGGCACAGCCAGCAUCUCACAGAGGAGAGCCAAUGUCCUACGCCAAGAAGGCCGAAUGGGAUUUGCCAGAGCCAGAAAACAUCGAAUACGAACACGUCAACAACAUCGACGUUACAGGAAUGCCACUCGUUUAUACAAUGCUCGCUGUACAGAGAACAGUCAGAGCUCUCGGAAUGCAGUGGUUCCAUCCAGAUGAUUUUACAAUUAUUUGCAGACAUCUCGACAUGGGAAUAUACGUCAGUGUUCAGGUUAACGUUGUCAACGACAAAGCACUCGCUACGACCUACUUAAUGGAGGGAACUCCAGAAACAUUCACCGCGUUCUGUACAGCCUUAGAAAAUGAAAUCCUCGACAUGAAGGAUCUCAUUAACGAGGGAACAAGCGAUGAAGAAGAUAGCGAUGAUAACGACAACCAGGUUAUUGACGAAGAUAACGGAUUUAUUUGA